GACGCUUCCCAUGACUCUCCAUGGAGGGGAGAAGGUUGUGGAUGAUUCCGAUCAACUCAAAGGCCGUUUGAUUACUCUCAGUUCUACGUCUAGCUGGUGAAAGAAGCACCAAUCGGUGGACGCAACUAGCGUGCCUACCUAGGUAGGGUUGGAGCGCUCCUGCCCAAUAUGGGAUUCUAGAUUGACCUAGGCAAUCGCUCCUUCCCUCCUUCACUUACUUUACUCUUCUUUCAUUGCUUUUCGUGUCAGAUAUAAAAACCCCCUCGCUCCCCACCUGCACUCUCCUUCCCAAUGCAGUCCCGCACCCGCACAACCACCUGGGCAUCCCAUCCAUCCCAUACAGUCAAUCCGUCAAUCAGGCGCCAUGGCCGGCAAAAGAGAAGAUAUCCCGCCGGACAUAGCUAUGCAAGAUGUCGACCCGCAAAGAGAUCAGGGAGUUGGGAGCCAAGGUCCUUACCAGUCACGUGCGCAGCCGCCAUCACCACCUGCACACUUCCCGCACGAUAGCGUACCAAGUUACGGGUCGGUACCUUUGGGCCCCGUUCUACCAGCACCAGUGCACCCUGUGUCCGGCCUCCCGUCGACGCCAAACCGGAUUCCACUCAAUGGCUUGCCGACUCUGCCACAGUAUCCCAUCUCCAACAGGCAUCUGUUGCUCAGCUGGGCAAAUCAGUACUGUCAUGCGCCACCCUCCUAUUCCGCCAUGGCUUCAACUUCUGCUCCAUGGCAGUGGCCGGGCGCAAUGCCGAAUCAAGCGACGAAUAGCGUGCGACAAUCCGGUCCCGGGCAUCGCAACACCAGACCUGUUGGUCUGGAAUCGCAUCAGGCAUACAAUAACCAUAGACAGUACACGUUCGUUAAUUACUACGGACCGGACAACGGCGCCUACGACCCCGCGGCUGCUCUUCGCCGUGGUGCGGCAUUGGAGACACCUACCCCAUAUCACAUCCCUCCGCUCGGCACUGAAAACUUGCGAAAUGGGCAAAUUCUUCAGCCUUUCAGCACCGGCGCUUUUGGCCAGCUCACGAGACCAGAUAACGAAAUCAGACCACAAGGCACGUCUAUGAUCCGGCCGCGAGCGAUGACUGCUCAAAGUGGGCACAUUCCAACCGUCAGGUUGAGCAAUUCAAUUUUGCCCGAUGGACCAGUAGUCUUGCCAACGAAAAGCCCUUCUGUUGACGCUGGCAUGUACCCUGGGUGGACUCCUCAUCCACCAUAUACGCAGCCAACAAGGCCAAGGGCUUAUGACUUUGUGCGCGAACCAGUCGCCAUGGGAGACCCAGACACGGCUGCCCACGCGCAGUCUUCUAAGCUUGCGGAUUCACUUGCCCAACCCGAACCCCUAGAGCAGUCCCAGGAGCAGUCUCAAGGCAUUGCCCCGAGAGCGUCAAACAUUGAAGGGCGUGACAAUAGUGUGCCAGGCAAUUCUAGCCAUUUCCUAGCCCACCAGGAACCACUUGACCAAGUCUCACGGAUGAAACAGCAAAUCUACCACGAGAAGGGCGUAGCAGUUCGACAAUACCUUGCAGUUCGAGAGCGCGAGCGGACCGUUGGUGAAGAGGACAAACAAAAGGCUGGGUACCCGCGAGGUGAGUCAGUGGAAAGGCUGGACGUCCUAACCAUAUGCGCGGUCCGCACAUAGACUCGCGAGUGGUUCCAUACCCAAAUGAGAAUGCUCGUAGGCUGGAUCCUCCAAACCCGUCAAAUCCGCCACAACGUCCACUACUACUUCGACAUCCACAUACACCUCAGCCUCAACCUCAAAUCGCUUCCCAGCCUCCACCAUAUCGCCCUAUUGGCUCAACUUAUGAGGAUUACAAAUCGUCCGUCUUUGCCUACCGCAUCAACACGGAACUCACGGUGUCUCAGAGCGCUUACGAUUGGGUGGAAGCGAUCC